AUGGAGAUGGUGUGGCUGUACGUGGUGCUGAUCCCCGUGCAGCACGUCCUCGCCGUGACCUGGCUGUACCUGGCCAAGCAGCCUUCACUGCGGGUGGUCCUCCGGGACCCCGGUGGCUGUGAAGGUCUGAUGGGGCUGGUAGAAGAGCAGGUCCACAUUUGCCAGCGGCAAAUGGAAGUCAUGGAUGCGGUGAAGCGAGGUGCGGAGCUGGCUGUCGAGGAGUGCCAGCACCAGUUUCACUCUCGCCGGUGGAACUGCUCGACCCUGCAGGGGCUGCAGAUCUUCGGCAAGGUCACCAUCCAAGGCACGCGGGAGUCUGCUUUCAUCCACGCCAUCUCUGCCGCCAGCGUUGCCUUUGCCGUGACUCGUGCCUGCAGCCGUGGGGAGCUGCAGAAGUGUGGCUGCGACCGCAAGAUCCGAGGAGUCAGCCCCGAAGGUUUCCAAUGGUCAGGCUGCUCUGAUAACCUGUCUUACGGGAUUGCCUUUUCUCAAGCCUUCGUAGACAACCCUGAGAGGAGCCGCGGCAUCUCCUCCAGCCGAGCACUCAUGAACCUGCACAACAACGAGGCUGGGAGGAAGGUCAUGCCCCCCUUCCGCAAGGUGGGCAACAUCCUUAAGGAAAAGUUCGAGGGGGCGACGGAGGUUCACCCCAAGCGGGUAGGUUCCCGCAAGCUCUUGGUGCCCAAGAGCUCUCGCUUCAAGCCCUACACGGCUCACGACCUGGUCUACCUGUUGGCUAGCCCAGACUUCUGCGACCGAGACCCCCGGCGUGGGUGCAAGCAGUGCCGGCACCUAGUGGAGGUGCACAGCUGCCGCUGA